AUGUCGGCUGGCGGCGAGCAUUUAAAAGAUGAAGGCACCCGACGACAAGUCGUCCUCGCGGGCGGGAUAGCCGGCCUCAUCUCACGAUUCUGUAUAGCCCCGCUAGAUGUCGUCAAAAUCCGUCUUCAGCUCCAAAUACACUCCCUCUCUGACCCAGCCUCCCACGCCCACAUAUCCGGUCCUGUUUACAAAGGAACCCUUUCCACCAUCAAGACCAUCCUCCGCGAAGAAGGAAUCACGGGGCUAUGGAAGGGCAACAUCCCAGCAGAACUGAUGUACGUUUGCUACGGCGCGAUACAAUUCACAACCUACCGAACCACAACGCAACUUCUAUCCCAAUUGGAUCCACACCGUCUCCCGCAACCUGUCGAGUCCUUUAUAUCCGGUGCUUUGGGCGGUGGAGUUGCAACCGCGUCGACGUAUCCGCUUGAUUUGCUAAGGACACGGUUCGCGGCGCAGGGGUCCGGCGAGCACCGCGUUUACGGUUCCCUCCUUUCGUCGGUAAGGGAUAUCGCAAGAUAUGAAGGACCAGCUGGGUUUUUCCGCGGCUGCAGCGCCGCAGUUGGCCAGAUUGUGCCUUACAUGGGUUUAUUCUUCUCCACAUACGAGACGCUUCGCCCUGUGAUGGCAACCGCACCUGACGUCUUACCAAUCCCCCUACCACCAGGGUCUGGGGAUGCCGCAGCGGGUGUGGUUGCAAGUGUUUUGGCCAAAACGGGUGUGUUCCCGCUCGAUCUCGUGCGCAAACGGUUACAAGUACAGGGCCCAACACGCGCGUUGUAUGUUCACCGGAAUAUCCCUGAAUAUCGCGGGGUCUUCAAUACCAUGGGAUUUAUAUUGAGGACACAAGGCGUGCGCGGCCUAUACCGCGGUUUAACCGUGAGCUUAUUCAAGGCUGCGCCGGCUAGUGCGGUGACUAUGUGGACAUACGAGAGGACGUUGAAGCUUCUUCAAGAAUAUGAAGUAGCUGCUGGUCACAAUGUGUAG